AUGGAUCACCAAGAUGAGCUGUUGGAAAUGUUUUUCGACGAGGAAUUUGUUCCACAUGCAUACCUAGAUAUUUUAUUAUCGUCGAAAGAUCUUUCAAUAAAAGAUAUUCAAUUACUUUCGAAUUCUCUUCUUUCGAGGUUAGAUUACUACACAGGUCGUUUGACAAAGCAACUUGAAAUUACUAUACAAAAGCUGCAAAAACCAGCCGAGAUUUUGAUAUAUUCGAAACUGAGAGAUGAACACAAUAUCGGUACGACAAAACUGGAAUACUAUCUGGACACUUUGGGUAAUUCAAUGAAAUUACUAGAAUCUGAUAUUGACAAAAUCAACACUGAUUUGUCGGAACUCAACAAGAAAUACGACGAUAGUGAGGAGCUGGCUGUGAAGUUAAAUAAAUUAGACCUGAUUAAAUCUAGACUAACAGCUAUAUUGAGUACAUUUGACCAACUGAAAAUGAUCAUGACUAUUUCCACAGGCGAAGACGAUACCGCUCUGCGAAAGGUCAAUUCUAAGGAUUUCAAAAUUGCCUUAGAUACGUUAAAAGAUACUAUAUCUACAAAGCUGGACGAAAAUUCUGCAUAUGAAUCAUCUAAUGAAACGAAUUAUGAUUUGAUAAAAAAAAUAGACACAUUUAUUAGCCUGAAACCAGUAUUGAGAGGUUUUAGCACUUUCUACCCCCCAUAUUUAGAAUUUGCAAAUCAGAUACAGGCUGUGAAAGAAAAAUAUUUGGAUCAGAAACCAGGUAGAAAUAAUUUCUCGUAG